AUGAAAUAAACAUCGUUAUAUUUAAGAAGAUCAUUUUUCACAUUGAAACCCUUAUUCUUUUGUUCAUCAACUCAACAACCUCCAUAAAUACCUAAAAUUCAUUCAGUUGUUGAUAAUUUAUCAGCAUCAUAUAGUAUAGAAGACACAAUACCUGGAACCUAUUAAGGUGGGAAUGGGAUAUAUAUGCUAAUGUUCACAUGUAGUCCAUGUGGUAACAAAAUGGCCAGAACUUUCACAAAGGAUGCAUACCAUAAAGGUGUAGUUCUAAUAAGAUGUGAUAAAUGUGAUAAUAUUCAUUUAAUUGCUGACAAUUUGGGAUGGUUCCAGGAUGAGAAAUGGAAUGUUGAAAUUCAUGCAAAAGAAUAAGGACAAUAACUACCUAAAAUUAAUAAUCCUGAGGUGUCAAAACUAAUACAAUAAUUCAUUUAAAAAUAAAAAAGUUCUUGAA